AUGGCUCAUGCUGUGCCAGAUGAUCAGUUCAUGCCACAGGAUUGGGUGUUCAGACCGCCCUCCCCACUUCCUGUUUACGGUGAUACAUCUGAAAAAGUGUGUAGUUAUCAGGACGUUUUAGACUACCUGAAACUGACUAAAAGCAGCGAGCUGUUCUCCAUGACCCGGCCUGUCAAAGACUUCACUAACCCCACAGUGGUGGCUCUGGAGGUUCUGCUGUAUGCCAUCCUAGAUGUGAAAGAGAUAGACCAGACGUUUGUUCCCUACGUUUGGAUUAUUUUGGUCUGGCAGAACGAUUACAUUUCCUGGAAUCCCAGGGAUUUCUGUGGAAUAGAAAAUGUUAGUAUUCCUACUGAGAUUCUCUGGAAGCCAGAUCUGACCAUAGAGGAGAUGACACAAAAGGAUACAGCCCCUCCAAGUCCUCAUCUAAUUAUCAUGAGCAACGGUAAAGUCCUUGUUCAGAACGAUCAGGUGCUGGUCAGCACCUGCAGGAUGCAGGUUUACAAAUUCCCGUUUGACCUCCAGAGCUGCAACCUCUCAGUCAAAUCGGUUGUCCACUCUGUCAACGAAAUAAGGCUCAUUCAUCACUUGAACUCCUCAGUGAGCACUAAGUGGUCGCGCCAGUUGAUGCGCACGCAGUACGAGUGGCUGUUUGUGAACAUGACCAUCACCUCCAAAACGGUGUUUCCGUUUGGAGUUGAACAAGACGUGAUUAUUUACACCAUCUUCAUGAAAAGAAGAGCUAAACUCUAUAUUGUCAACUUCCUGCUGCCCAUCCUGUUCUUGUUGUGUUUGGACUUAGCCUCGUUCCUCAUCCCGAACAAGGGAGGCGAGAAGCUCAGCUUUAAGGUCACCGUGCUGCUCGCCGUCACCGUGAUGCAGCUCAUCCUCAACGAUAUCCUGCCGUCGUCAUCGGACAAGACCCCACUUAUAGAGGUCUACUGUUUUGGGAUCUUUGCUCUGAUGAUGCUGAGCCUCCUGGAGACAAUCGUACUGAUGUAUCUUGUGGAGAAAGAGUCUGCAUGUCAAAGUGGUGAGACAGACAUGGGACGGAGUGGUUUGGGCAGCGAACUGACAGAGGAGCAACAUGCUUCUGAAAAGUUCUCAGAUGAUCUGAAGGAGUUGGUAAAGAUGGUGACUCUGGUCCUCGUCAACAUGAAGGAGGACGAGAAGCCCGGCUACUGGACCAGAAAUUCUCAAACCAUCAACACAAUUUACUUCAUAUUGUACGUGAUAGCUGCCGGUCUGUUCUUAGGAUACAUACAUUACUGCUGGUUUUAUGCAGAAGAUUGA